CAAUUUAGACAUCGAUAUUUCCGCGGCACUUCGCUGUGCAUCCCAGAGGAUCUGUUUCUAGUGGCUGUGCAACACCUGUCCGGCACCUGUCAGGCAACGCGGCUUUGCCUCUGCCCUGUGAGGUGUCUCCGUGCACCAUGCUUCAGGAUGGGUCUGUGCAGCUCCUGUGCCUCACGGCCAGCAGCGGGGUGCCCCUCUUCUCCCGCGGCGCGACGCGGCAGCUCCCCUUCUCCGUGAUCGGAUCGCUGAACGGGGUGCACAUGUUCGGAGGGGGCCAGGGCGCGGUGCUGUCCAGCUGCGAGACGGAGCGCGGCGGCCGCGUUGUGUGGAAGGUGUUCCGGGACAGCAUCAUGCUGAUCGCGGUGAGCGGCGAGCCGGGCGGCGGCGUGAGCGAGCUGCAGCUGCGCCGCCUGCUGGAGAACACCUGGAACUGCAUGGUGCUGGUGCUCGGGCAGGACGAGCUGGUGAACGCGCGCAACGUGGAGCGGCUGAAGAGGGACCUGCGCUCCUGCUACCGGCUCAUUGACGGCUUCCUGGACCGCGCCGACGACGGGAUGGGGGACCUGACGCACUGCGCGGACUGCCUGUUGGCCCCGCAGCCCGGCCCGCUGCAGGAGGCCCUGGACGCCUUCACUCGCGCCGCUGACAGUGAGUUCGGCUGCCUGCUGGUCCACGGCAAGGUGGUGGUGGCCACAGAGAAGUGGUGGCGUCUGGCCCCCCAGGAGGUGGUCCUACUGUCCGCCCUGGUGCGCACCUUCGGCGGGUCGGCGUCCUGCGACCAUCCGGUGUUCCUGCCGCAGGGCAGCCCCACGGUGCCCCACCGGCUGCUACGCUUCCAGCUGCUCCCGGGUGCGGACGUGUGCGUUCUGUGCGGGCCCUCCCCCUCCCUGCAGAAGGCUGAGAGCGAGCUGGUGGCUUGCUUUUGGCGCCCCCUGGUGGAUGCUCUGCGCGGCUGCCUGGCGCUCGCCGGCCGCUGCCUGCCAGCCUCCGUCGCCCUCCCCAGCGACGUCCUCGCCCUGCUGCUGAUCAGACGGGAGUCCGCCCGGGCCGUCUCCACCGUGCGGCCCCGGGACACGCCCAGCCCCGCCCCCGGCCCUACCCGCCUCCGGGAGCUGCUCCGCCUCUUCUACGCCUUUGCCGUGACGCGCUACUUCGGGCCGGAGGAGGCAGGGCCGCCGGGGGAGGGGCGGGGCGGGGACUCACUCCAGGAGGACUUCGCCCUGGGGUUUACCCAUCAGCCCUUGCACUGCUACCUGGUGACGGAGGAGUGUAAGUGCUACGGGCUCCAGACCGCGCAGCACCAGCUGUACCUGCUGACGCCCGUAUCCGUGCCCACCUUUGCCCUGCGCUCCGUGGCCACUCGCACCCUCUCCGCCCUCACCGGCAGCGCCGGCCUAUAGGGGGUGCUGACGAGGCAGUUAAUCUGGGCUGCAUGUAAUCGACACUUCAAUCCAAAGUAGCUUGAAAAUGUGGAGCCGCUCCAGGUGCCCCGGCUGUAGGCAGUGUAGGUGCCCCAUG